AAAGAAAGCAGAUAAGAGAGAGAUUUGGUUUGAUAGAGUUCUCAUGCGUCACUGUCUCCUCACACGCUUACUGCCUCUACUUCCUCCUCCACUUUCUUCUUCUAUUUCCCAAAAUAUCGGAAACACAACUAACACCUAACACAAAUUAUUAUUCACUUCAAAUUCAAAUUCAACCCAUUCUCAGUCUCAGGUUGCCCUUAAUUUCCUUCAAUUUCAUCUUUAUCUCAGCCCACUCAAAUAACGAUAAUGAGCACCCCCACUCCCUCUCCCUCUUCUUCUUGUUCCACUUCCUCCUCAUUUCCCCCUCGUUGCUUCACUUCCCUUUCCCCCAACUCCAGGGUUUUGCCACGGGUGACGUGUACCUCCCAAAGGAUUUGCCUUAGUUCUUGUCUCUCAACAACAGCCAAUAAUGUAGUUUCUAAAUAUUCUUAUGGGUGGUUUGAGACACAGCCUUUACUUUCUAAACCGCCACUCAGUAAAUGCUUCUCUUCUUCUGUGGGAGUAGAAGCUUUGGUUACUUCCAAAUCUCAGGAUGUUUCAGCUGCUCCUGCGCCUCCUCGUAUUGGUGACGACAAAAUCGGCGUUUUGUUGCUCAAUCUUGGAGGUCCCGAAACUCUCGAAGAUGUCCAGCCUUUUCUGUUUAACCUUUUUGCUGAUCCGGAUAUUAUUAGACUUCCAAGGCUGUUUCGUUUUCUUCAAAAGCCAUUGGCACAAUUCAUAUCUGUUGUCAGGGCACCCAAGAGCAAAGAAGGAUAUGCCUCAAUUGGUGGUGGCUCUCCGUUGCGGCGAAUAACUGAUGCACAGGCUGAAGAAUUGAGAAAAUCCCUUUGGGAGAAGAACGUGCCAGCAAAGGUGUAUGUUGGUAUGCGUUAUUGGCAUCCAUUUACGGAAGAAGCUAUUGAACAGAUUAAAAGAGAUGGAAUUACAAAGCUUGUUGUGCUUCCACUUUAUCCGCAAUUCUCAAUAUCAACUAGUGGUUCAAGCCUUCGACUCUUGGAGAGUAUAUUCCGGGAGGACGAGUAUCUAGUAAACAUGCAGCACACAGUUAUACCUUCAUGGUAUCAACGCGAGGGAUACAUCAAGGCCAUGACAAAUUUGAUUGAGAAAGAGCUAGAAAACUUUGACUACCCUGAGAAGGUUAUGAUAUUUUUUAGUGCACAUGGUGUCCCGCUUGCAUAUGUGGAAGAGGCUGGUGAUCCUUACAAGGCCGAGAUGGAGGAAUGUGUGGAUUUAAUAAUGGAAGAAUUAGAAAAGAGAAAGAUAACCAAUCCAUACACUCUUGCAUAUCAGAGUAGAGUUGGGCCUGUGGAAUGGUUGAGACCCUAUACUGAUGAAACAAUCAUUGAGUUAGGAAAAAAGGGAGUAAAAAAUCUUUUAGCUGUCCCUAUUAGUUUUGUCAGUGAGCAUAUUGAAACUUUAGAAGAAAUUGAUGUUGAGUACAAAGAGUUGGCUCUUGAGUCAGGUAUAGAAAAAUGGGGACGUGUCCCAGCAUUAGGAUGUGAACCUACCUUCAUUUCAGACUUGGCUGAUGCUGUGAUUGAGAGUCUUCCUUAUGUUGGGGCUAUGGCUGUUUCAAAUCUUGAGGCUCGACAGUCUUUAGUUCCACUCGGCAGUGUAGAAGAGUUAUUGGCAACAUAUGAUUCAAAACGUACUGAGCUUCCUCCACCUGUGAUAGUCUGGGAAUGGGGUUGGACUAGAAGUGCCGAGACUUGGAAUGGAAGAGCUGCUAUGCUGGCAGUGCUUGUUCUGUUGGUCCUAGAAGUUACCACUGGAGAGGGGUUCCUGCAUCAAUGGGGCAUUUUGCCUUUGUUUCGGUGAAUAAUAUCUAACAAUCUUUCUUUCCCACUCCUUAAGAUCAUUGAGUGUAAAUUUUAUGCAUUCUAUUAGCAUUACUUUAUAUAUGCAUUACAACGAAUAUCAAAGCAUCGCCAAGAUCUACUGUGACUCUAAGAUUGGAUUUGCCUAAUAGUAUAGGCGCAAGUAGUGCAACGCCAAUGCCUGUUGGUGGAAAGGAAAAAGAAAUUGUAAUGUCCGUACUUAAUGCAAAUGCUGUUCAAAUGAUAAAUUUGUAAAAGUUUUGGCCUUUGUAUUUGAAUCUUGUAUUUGUAGUUGAAUGAUGGGAGGCGAGGAGAUUAAAUGGUUGAAGUUUUGAGUUGGGUCAUAAAAUAGUAUUUGACGUAUUUUUCA